AGCCCGCCUCUUCCUGUCGGUGUCAGGAGGCAACUUCACCAUAUUUAGCUGGCUGGCCGACGGCUCGGCAGAGUUGGUCUGUCAACUGGACUGAACAUUUGUUUUCUGUGGUUCGUCGGCGGGUACCAGCCCAGUGGUGACAGCUUUAAUUUCGGCAGCGGGAUAUAAACUACGGAAGACGACGUGGUUGGGACGCGGUGCUCGGCGGAGCGGGGCCGUGUCAGCGCCUGUUUUUGUGUGUGUGUGUGUGUGUGUGUGUGUGUGUUUUUUUUAACGCAAUAAAAGUCGCCGUUGUCUGUCAGAAUUCCAACUAUCCAACAGCCGAGCUAGCCGGCUAGCCAAUUGCUCCGGCUACCCCGACCCUCGCCCCCACUCCCCCCCUCAGUAAAUACGGAUUCAUGUGGUUCGUGUUGACGUCCCGCUGUCUGUAGGGGAUUCGCUCGGACUCGCUGACCCCCGCCGCGAUGACCUCCUGACGGCUCCUCUCGUCCGCUCCAUCCACUUUCACCGAAAACCCCGGCUAGCGAGCUAACUCGGCUAACUGGCCAGGUCUUCCAGCGCCACAGCGUCGCGUCGCGUCGAGGAGCCCCGCAGCCUUCUCGCCGUGGCACCGGAAUCCCGAUCGGAUACGUGGACCGUGUGAGAGCGGCGGUGCGCGGGGGGACGCCGGACUGGGCCAGGCCGGGCGACACGACACGACCGUGCUGAAGGAGGGGAACCGGGGAACCCCCCCCCCCCCCUCCACCUCUGAUAAAUCCGCAGCUAACCGAGACCGGGGGCACUGUGGAGGCGGCGCGCUGCCGGAGGAGACACCGGACUGAGCGGAGGAAAGAGCCUCGAACGUUUGACACCUGCGAUCCGGGAAGCGAUCCGGGCAGAGACCUCAUGAAUGGAAAUCGGAACUACAGGAGCCGUUGGGGCCCAGUCCCUGUUCUCCAUGCCUCGGCGGCCUGGCUAUGGCACCAUGGGGAAGCCCAUCAAGCUGCUGGCCAACUGCUUCCAGGUGGAGAUCCCCAAGAUGGAUGUCUACCUCUACGAGGUGGACAUCAAGCCUGACAAGUGUCCGCGGCGAGUCAACAGGGAGGUGGUUGACUCUAUGGUGCAGCACUUCAAGGUGACAAUCUUUGGGGAUCGCAGGCCGGUGUACGAUGGAAAGAGGAGCCUGUACACAGCCAACCCACUGCCUGUGGCACCUGCAGGGGUGGACCUGGACGUCACUCUGCCAGGUGAGGGAGGGAAAGAUCGUCCCUUCAAAGUUUCCAUUAAAUUUGUGUCGCUGGUCAGCUGGCACAUGCUCCACGAGGUGCUGACUGGCCGCAGCAUGCCUGAGCCUCUGGAGCUGGACAAGCCCAUCAGCACCAACCCUGUGCAUGCAGUGGACGUGGUCCUGCGACACCUGCCCUCCAUGAAGUACACUCCGGUGGGUCGAUCCUUCUUCUCAGCCCCAGAGGGCUAUGACCAUCCCCUGGGAGGUGGCAGGGAGGUUUGGUUUGGCUUCCAUCAGUCCGUGCGUCCUGCCAUGUGGAAGAUGAUGCUUAACAUUGAUGUGUCUGCCACCGCAUUUUACAAGGCCCAGCCUGUCAUCCAGUUCAUGUGUGAAGUGCUGGACAUCCACAACAUUGACGAGCAGCCUCGCCCUCUCACAGACUCACACCGGGUCAAAUUCACCAAAGAAAUCAAAGGUUUGAAGGUGGAGGUGACACACUGUGGAACAAUGCGGAGGAAGUACCGUGUCUGCAACGUGACCCGUCGGCCUGCGAGCCAUCAAACGUUCCCUCUACAGUUGGAAAACGGUCAGACCGUCGAGCGUACUGUAGCCCAGUACUUCAGGGAGAAGUACAACCUGCAGCUAAAGUACCCACAUUUGCCCUGUCUACAAGUGGGCCAGGAGCAAAAGCACACCUACCUUCCCCUGGAGGUGUGUAACAUUGUAGCAGGACAACGAUGCAUCAAGAAGCUGACAGAUAAUCAGACCUCCACAAUGAUCAAAGCCACAGCUCGCUCUGCCCCCGACAGACAAGAGGAGAUCAGCAGGCUGGUGCGUAGUGCCAACUACGAGGCCGACCCGUUUGUGCAGGAGUUCCAGUUCAAAGUGCGCGACGAGAUGGCCCAUGUGACGGGGCGAGUGCUACCCGCCCCCAUGCUGCAGUACGGCGGCAGGGUGAGCACAGAGCACUUUAUGAAUCGUACUGUAGCCACACCUAGCCACGGGGUGUGGGACAUGAGAGGGAAGCAGUUCCACACCGGGGUGGAGAUCAAGAUGUGGGCCAUUGCUUGCUUUGCCACACAGAGGCAGUGUCGGGAAGAAAUCCUAAAGGGUUUCACAGACCAGCUACGCAAAAUCUCAAAGGACGCUGGGAUGCCCAUCCAGGGUCAGCCGUGUUUCUGCAAGUACGCCCAGGGAGCGGACAGCGUGGAGCCCAUGUUCCGACACCUGAAGAACACCUAUGCCGGACUGCAGCUCAUCAUUGUCAUCCUGCCGGGAAAGACUCCGGUCUACGCGGAGGUGAAGCGCGUGGGAGACACCCUCCUUGGCAUGGCCACGCAGUGCGUUCAGGUGAAGAACGUGGUGAAGACGUCGCCUCAGACCCUCUCCAACCUCUGCCUCAAGAUCAACGUGAAGCUGGGAGGCAUCAACAACAUCCUGGUGCCUCAUCAGCGACCUUCAGUGUUUCAGCAGCCAGUCAUUUUCUUGGGAGCAGAUGUUACACAUCCACCUGCUGGAGAUGGAAAGAAGCCUUCAAUUGCAGCAGUGGUGGGCAGUAUGGACGCCCACCCCAGCAGGUACUGUGCCACCGUGCGAGUCCAGAGGCCCAGGCAGGAGGUCAUCCAGGACCUGGCCUCCAUGGUGCGGGAGUUGCUCAUCCAGUUCUACAAGUCGACCCGCUACAAGCCCACCAGGAUCAUUUUCUACAGAGAUGGAGUUUCAGAAGGCCAGUUCAGACAGGUGCUGUAUUAUGAGCUGCUGGCCAUUCGCGAGGCCUGUAUCAGCCUGGAGAAGGAGUACCAGCCUGGCAUCACCUACAUUGUUGUACAAAAACGCCACCACACACGCCUCUUCUGCGCUGACCGCAACGAAAGAGUCGGUCGUAGCGGAAACAUUCCGGCUGGUACGACCGUGGAUACAGACAUCACCCAUCCGUACGAGUUUGACUUUUACCUCUGCAGUCACGCUGGAAUACAGGGCACCAGUCGGCCCUCCCACUACCAUGUACUGUGGGAUGACAAUUGUUUUACCGCUGACGAGUUCCAGCUGCUCACCUACCAGUUGUGCCACACCUAUGUGCGCUGCACCCGCUCAGUCUCCAUCCCUGCGCCAGCCUACUACGCCCACCUGGUGGCCUUCCGCGCCCGCUACCAUCUGGUGGACAAAGAGCAUGACAGCGCCGAGGGCAGCCACGUGUCUGGUCAGAGCAACGGCCGGGACCCCCAGGCACUGGCCAAAGCUGUUCAGAUUCACCACGACACCCUGAGGACCAUGUACUUCGCCUGAGCUACCAACAACCCUCCCCAAUCAUUGCCCCCCUUAACACACACACACACACACACACAAAAACACACACACAGACGCAACCAUGCACGCUGGCUCGCCAGACAAGGAGUCCUCAUCCGUGCAAGGAGUCGUCCCCCCCCCCCCCCCCCCCCCCCACACGCCUAGUCUAUCCGGACCUGACACUGUGCAGUGGAAAGCAGGGAGGAGGGAAGGGAGGAGGCACACCCACACUGGACUAAGGAUGCAACUGUCGCUUUAAAAACAAACAAGAGAGAAACUCAAGCACUAUUAUGCAAUAUUGAACCAGCCAACUAGUUUUAUUUUCACAAUCAUCAGGCACCUCUUCAUUGUCUCCCCCCGCCCCCCGUUUGUCUCCUUUACUCAUGGCCUAGUUGGUGUGUUUCUUGUUUGUUUGUAAUUCCCCCCCUCCUCUCUAUGAUCUACUAAUCUGCUCCUUUGCCAUUUACAGUACCUCAAAUCAGUUUGAGCAGCAGCACUUUUACAUUCUGUCAGUUUCACUGAAGUUUGUUGUCAAUUCUCCCCAGUGUUUGAAAUGAGGGAGCAGAGAGGGUAGGGUCGGACUCUGGAGAUGUUCGAUGGCGUCUGAUUUUCUUUCCGGAGAAUGGACCAGAGGUCCCGCCAGCUGCCACUUUCUUUUUAUCCCCUCUCCCCCAUGUUUGCUCUGUUCUUUUUCUUUUCACAAGUGUGUGAAACCACCAGUUAUGUGUACGGAGCACCAUGUGCACACUGCCACCUGUUGGCGACGAGGUAUAAAUGCGCCCUUAAGGUCACAACAAGAAGUUGUCACAUUUUAAAUUUUGGUUUUGAUUUGUCUUUAGCAGUCAGCUGUCACAUUUAAACGGGGGCAGUUUAUAUUGGCUGAUAUAUCAAUUGCUUGAUUGCAACCAUAUAUGAAUUUUAUUUAAAGUAUAACACUGUUAUUUGAUUCUCUUUGUUAUUUUUUCCAUAUACAUUAUGGACAUUUUUUAAUCAUUUAAACAUGUAAUCCUGUUUUGUUUUUUUCUAAACCUUUGCAGUCGUGGAUUCAUUUCCCCUCAGUGCUUUAUCUCACAUUUCCCUCUCUCUAGAUUUAGAUGGUGGCUAAGUAGAGAUGGCUAACGAAGGGAAGAGGAUUUUAGGGGGACUCGAGCAACUCAAAAGAACAGUUACUCAUCUCAUUUGAGAGUGAGUGUCCUCAAUAGGUGAAACUGUUGAUGUAUUCCUCCUCUGAGAGAUGAUUGAUGAGCACGUUUUACGAGUUUUGUCUUUUCUACUGGGCAAAAAAAAAAAAUGGUGCAAAGCAGUUUCGGCGAUUUUCAUAUUUUUACUUGAAUUGAAGGAUUUUAUGCGCCUCUGUGGUUUGAGAAUAUUUUACCAUCAAUGGACAUCAUUUCAGAAUUCAAUCAAUCAGUUUGCUAAUGAGGCUGGUUUUCUUAAUUCUUUGGAAUCUCCCAUUUUGACAGCAGCAAAGAGUCCAAAAGGCCAUAAAGAGGUAGUGUUCAAGUGCCUGGUGGAAGUUUUAAAGCUUUUGAUGGUCAAAAGCUGUACAACCUAUGGUAGGGAUCCUGUUUCAGUGGGUACAAAGAAUCAAAAGAAAGUUUCACCUGAUGCCUCUUAUUCCUCUCAACAACCGUCUACUGACUUUUCUAUACAUCUCAUUCAAAUCAUCCUAAGAUCUAUAUAUAUAUUUAUUGUGUUUGCCUGUACAGCAGCGUUAUCUGUUGUCUUCGCUUCGGAGCAGCAUUCAAGCAAAGCAGGCCAAGGUUGUCUCUUUGCUAAAUAUCCACCAGACAUGGAUCCAGCUGCUACAUUGUGUUUGUACCUAACGGGCCGGGUUCAUGGGCACGGAGUCGGCCUCUUCUUGAAUCAAACCAAUUCUUUCAAUAAACUCUGUUCUUUGCGCAGACCUCCAAGUCCUGGAGCAGGUUCCUUUCCUGUCCAUGUAACCCGCACCCAAAGUUUGGACUGGCUUCAGAACCGAGCUGGGGAGUCGAGUGGACAAGCAGCCUUUUGCAGCAGAAGUACAUAUAACUGUCGAUGUGAAACGUGUGUGUCUGGAGUCCGAGUCCCCGCUUGGCUCCUCCGUGCCACUGACGACCUGAGGCUCGUCCAAGGGGGGGAGGGGGGUGGGGUUGUUUUUAAAAAUAAUCUGCACUAAAAGAAGCAUGUGUUCCAGGACUGAACACAGGCGUGGUGCUACUCAUUCCGAAUUAGACUCUGAAGUUGAACCUCUUUACUACACAGACUGUAUAUGAGCAGGCGGGCAGGGUAGAAUAUGGUCAACCUCACUCACUGACGGACAGGAGAAGGUCUCACCGCCGCGGUUUCGACGUUGGGGCGGGGGGGGGGGGGGGGGGGGGGGGGUUUGGCGCUCUGGAUUUAGGAUUCCAACUUGGCAGUCGCAGUCAGCAUUGAGACUCUGUAGAACGGUACGACGACGGACGUCCUCUUUGACAGUGAGGUAUAAUGUAGGUUCCUGUAAUCGCUGUUGCAUUCGCCUUUCGUAGACUGGCCUUCUAGUGACGAAGCCAGUGAGUUUGAGCCUUCGAGAUUUCACUAGUGUCCGAAAGCCUUUUUAAAAAGCCAGAUCGAGAAGUAUAUUUGUACAUUUUAAAUUAUGUAAUGCACACCACUUAUUUUUGCUAAAAGAAGAAAAAAAAAAAAGUAGUCUAAAAUAUUAAUCUUAGUAAUAAAUGUAUUACAGUAUAUAACGGUUUAAAAAAAAAAAGGUAUAAUAACAAAGAUUUAUUAUUGCAAUAGACUGUUGACUUGUUCCUGUGUCACUGUAUAAUGUGUAUGUGUGAACAGUGGUGAGGUUGUUGAAGCUAGUGUGUGCUAGUGUGUGUUCGGACUGUCAUACGGUCCUUGGUAGGGACGUGGACUUAAUCCGCCUCUUGCUUCGAUGUUUGGAACAAAAAAAGCUGCAAAAUGUCGAAUGCUUAUUUGUCUCCCUCUUUUUUCUUAUUUUUACAUGUCCGUACAGUGAAGGGUUUGUUGUAGAAGAGAGAAGCUGGUUACGUUCUGUACGGCUUUGUAUUAAGACUUCAUAUGCCUGUCGCGUUGACAUAGGUUAGAAUAGAAGAAGAGUCGGUCGAUGUCUUGAGCCUCUGCCUGGCUCCUUAUCAGAGAGGGAGAGUGAAAAGGAACGGGGGACGAGUGGUUUUGAAAGUGUUGCUGAUCCAUUUCAAGGACACGUGAUCAUAGAACAACAUAGCGAGGGGCAGUAGUUCACCAUUCCUUUGUGUUAAAGCCGGGUGGGAUUUACAACCUCUGUUGCUUUCCUCAGACUCUCCUCUCGUUACGCGAGCCCCUUAGUGUGCUCACAAAUACAAAGAGUUGCCCUCCCGGUAAAUCUGUGGUGUGACAAAGCCUGUAAUCGUAUUGUCGUUCUCUUUCCCCUUUCGCUCCCCGAACACUUACUUCCUCUGUGCCCACAGGACUACAUUCCAUGGUCGUACUCUCCAAUCCGAUCCCCCUGGGAGGCGUAAAGAAGACGAAUUAGAGCUGAAGGACAAUGUAGUGGCUUCUGUGAUGAAUUCAAGUCAAUGUGUGCGUGUUUGGAAGGAAUCGAAGCUGGUCAGUGAUAGCUUUGUCAGUAUGUGGCAGGUUGUGUUGGAAGUUGAACAAGUCUGAAAAGGGUCGAUGGUAAGAAUUGGAUAACCGCGUAUGACUAAUGGAUGUCUGGUUCGCGUGUGAACUACACUCUCCAAGGGGCAGUUGAACACAUGUUUACAUAGCAGAUGUGUUUGCCCCGCGUAUGACCGAAAUGCCAUCAGCUCUGCUUUGCAAACGUUAGCUGGUAGAAGCUGUGAAAGUGUGAGCGCUCGACGGGAUAGGAAGACUAUUGAUUUCUCAACAGAGAAGAGUCCUUCUACUUCUUUUAGAAUGACUUGGAUUGGACUGAAAUGAAAUAAACAGUGACAACUGUCUGGUGAAGAAAAAUAACCAAAUCAACUUCAAAAAGGUCACAGUCGCCUUUAAUUUUUUAAAAAAGCAUUUUGUUUCCAGUAAUCGAUCAACAGCCCUGACUUUGGUUGCUCUCUAUUUUUAGUGGAAGGUAGCAAUGGAGUGAGUCCACAGAAAGUGCCUUUCCUCUUGAUGGUGCUGUAAAUUGAAGAUGAAAUGUAUAAAAAAAAAAAAUCAUCAAUGAAGUAGAAUCUCCUUCAAGAACACAUCGCAGUGCAGGAAUGGCUGCAUUACACAUACACACAAACACGUUUGUGUUUUUUUAGAGAUGGCAAUGCAAACUCGUGUUGUUGGACAUUAAGCCGACAUACAAAAAACGAAAUUUAUGCCAAGUAUAUGGUCGUGGUUGAGCUUUUCGCUUCGUAGUACAUUUAGUGUCUUGGACCAAUGGUGUCGUUGGUACAGUGGAAUGUGUGUGUGUUGGGAUGUGUGGGGGGGGGGGGGGGACGCAGGCCAGCCUACAUAUGACAAACAUAGCACAGCACUUUAGAGACUGCCACUCUCACUUUAGACACAUAGCCAAGAGUUUUCAAUCUCAAGUCCCUCCAGUCCCCUUCUUCUUCCUCCCGCUCAGGAGGAGGAGAGGAUCCAGACCUCAGUGUGAAGGAGGAGUCGAAUGGAUGUGUUUGUGUGUGUGUUCGGUGUGUGUGUGUGUGUGCGUUUCCAAACGAAGCAGUCGGGUCAUUUAAAGUGUGCCUCAUGCUCCUGUGACUUUUAGUUGUUGGCUCGGUUUAGUAAGCCUGCUCUGGUGUGGUGCUCUUCCUGUAAAAAACGGGGCUGGGUGUCUACAUGUAAUAUUGGUACCCCCCGAGAAUUUGGACAUCAAAAUUUUGAUGCAUCUCAAAGUUCACAAAAAACAAACACAAAAUGCCUAAACAAUAAUGGAUUUUUGCUGAGGAAUCAAGGUUUUUUCUUUCUGACGGGCAUUUUUAUUUUGACCAAGCAAAGCAACACAAGCAGGAUCCACAUGUGUUUGGAAAAGGUAGAGAGAAAAAAAGAAUGAAUGAUGGAAAAUAAUUUUUAAUCUGUUGCACAGGUGAAGUGUUCUCUCAACAGAACCAGUGUCAGUAUUGAAACUCUGGUCACGAUGCCCAGCCCUGGUGACAGCCCAUGGCAUUCUGUCACCUCAGUGCGGUGCCCUGCCAUGUGUCCUGUCCCUGACAGAGGGAGUGCAUGCCCAGUCGUGUCCCCCGCGUUGAGCCGGUAGCGAGUCGACUGAAACCCGAGGGCAGUCUGUCGUUCUGUGGGGACCCGUUCAGUCCAGGGGGGCGAAAUCUUUCUAUUACAAGAGAUCUUAAAAAAACAAACAUAAAAAACAAUGCACCUCACUUACCUUGGUAUGCUGCAUAUGUUAUACUACAUGAAAGAAAUACUGCAAAUUGCUUUUACUAUGACAUAUAAUGCUUGAGUAAUGCCUGAUUGCGAUAUUCUUAUACGGUAACUAUUUUAGAGUCAAAAUAAGUAUAACUAAAAAAAAAAAUCUCUGUUUUGUCUUAACACUUAUUCGAUUUUGAAAAAAAUUGUUCUUGAGCCGACUUUUAUUUUAUUGUCCUAUUUAAAUGUUGUUCUUCGAAUAUAUAUAUAUAUAUAUAUAUAUUUGAAAUAUAUAUAUGCGGAAUAUUUUAUGGUGUAUUUAUUGAGAGUGUGCGUUCGAGCGGCUGGAGUCUCCGCAUCAUAUUGCAACAUGGUGGGGGUGGAGCCAGGGAUGGGGUGGGGGGGUGGGGGCGAGGCCUGUAGCCCCUCCCCCUCCACGCUGACGCCUUACACGCUCCUGGACACGCAAGCACAACAAUAUGGAGGGGGGGGGGCGCAAGGCGGAGGAAAAGCAGGAGGCGGAUCUGACUUGUGCGUGUGGAGUUCUGGUUGAGUCGCUCCCUCCUCUUUUUUUUCUGAAAUAUUCCUUACGCUCCUUUACACUCUUCUUCUGACACCUGAGGCCAAAUGCCAGCUCCCACAUGUUGCAGCUCAUCUCUGAUGAAGGGAACCAUUUCAGAACCACACUGACUUGAGUGUUGAAACGCUGACUUCUUUAUUUUCUUGUUUUUUUCUUUUUUCAUCCCAAGCUGCUAGCUGGUACGUUGGCCGUGUAAAUUGCCCAACCCAGUAAAGGGGGCAGGUGGGGGCAGCGUAAAAAUGAAUCUGUGGGUGGGGAGGAGGACGAGGAGAAAGGAAAUAUUUGAGAAUGGCAGACUUUAUAUGGAUUAAGUUUUUAGUGCAGGCGUUGCUUCUUUCCUCUCAAAUGGUCUGUCUGUUUUUGUGCCAGAACAGGUCUCAUUCCAGAUGAAAUGACAUGCCUCAGCCUUAAGUGCAUUCUUACUUAAUCGUCGUGUUUCUGUGUGACUUCUCUACGAUGCCCGUGUUGGGCGGCCUACCAAGAAAACAAGCCCAAGCGCUUGUUCUGCCCUGAACUGCCCCUUGACCGGCGUUCCCUCCUCACUUCUCAUGUCUCGCGUGAACCACUAAAACGUUGCUACAGAACCCAGUGAACUCUUUGACGUGUACACUUCUGAAGGUUUCCCCCUGUCCCGUUUAGUAACGAUGUUGGAACAGAAGCGGGUCUGAGGUCAAACAUAUUUGGAAACGAUUCUUGGCCUUUGUUCCAACCUGGACGAGCAGUGCUUACUUGCACAUGAUGUGAAAAACGUACGCUAAUAUGCCUUUUAUACACUUUUCAUGUGCUAUUGUAAACUUAUUGGGUAUUCCAUUGUCAUGAGUUGCAAAUCCAAAGAACAGUAUUUUCAGAUACAGUUUGACCCGGGCCUGACGGGAACAUGCCCCCCCCCCCAGAGUGCUGGAUUACAGAGACCCGUGCCUGUAUAAUGAACCAUGAAUGAAUUGUGUUGUGAUGAAUUGCUGUUCUUUUCUUUUUAUUUUCUUUUCUUUUUCUUUUAUUUUCUGUUGGAUGUCCCUCACCCCAUCGGAGGAUCAGAGGCAUGGAGAUUUUGAGGGUUGUCAGUCCCGCUCCAAAAGCAAAAUAGGCCCUUUGCCCAUGAAGCCAAAUCAAAGUUUGGCAAAUAAAUGUUUACUGUAAUGUUUACUCCCAUGGCUCGCAGAUGUUUCACCUUGUUUUCAUCCCAUUUGCAUUCCAAUAACGCCUACGAACCAAAUAUUGCAGAAGAGAUUAGGCUCCUGAUGCUGCUUUUUUUUUUUCCUUCUCCACUUUGUAUACACAUAAUGGUUUUGAAGACUGAUACUUGACAGUGGCCAAGAAUUUUAUGUGCACACUGAUUGUCAUCAUAUUUCUUUCUUUUAUCAAUGUAGCAUCACUCCUGUGUCAGUCUUAUUUCAAGCUAAAGAUCUUAGGCUCCGAUACCUCUGAGUGGGGCACCAGCACACGGAUGUGUACGUCGGACGGUGAACCGUCGCCACCAGAUGAUCCAUGUCUCGGUCCAUGUUCGCCGCACGUCUGUCUCAUGAUUCCUUUCAGUUUUCAAUGUCUUUCUGUUUCGUAACUUUCUCUCUUACAGGAUGUUGGCCUUUUAGUGUUGCUUUGCUUCAGUUUGAAGUGUAUCUUUGACUAAUACUUGCAAUAAAAUGCUUUGCUUUA